CCUCCACUGAGGCCCUGUGUGGGUCAGACAGGAACAAUAUGGCGCCGGGAGGAGCGUUAGCCCCUGGACCAGUCGUUGUCUGAAAGACUGGCGAUCCGGCAGGAUGAACCUCUGCGCCCAAUAUCUACGACAGGCAGAGGCCCUGAAGGCGGACAUGACAGAUUCGAAGCUGGGGGCGGCAGAGGUGUGGACGUCUCGGCAGGCCCUGCAGGACCUUUACCAGAAGAUGCUGGUGACAGACCUGGAGUACGCUCUGGACAAGAAGGUGGAGCAAGACCUGUGGAACCAUGCUUUUAAGAACCAGAUCACCACGCUGCAGAGUCAGGCCAAGAACCGAGCCAACCCCAACCGCAGCGAGGUCCAGGCCAACCUGUCGCUCUUUCUGGAGGCUGCCAGUGGCUUCUACACACAGUUACUGCAGGAGCUGUGCACUGUGUUCAACGUGGACCUGCCCUGUCGCGUCAAGUCAUCCCAGCUCGGCAUCAUCAGCAAUAAGCAGAGCAACACCAGCGCCAUCGUCACCCCACAGCCCAGCUCCUGCUCCUACAUCUGCCAGCACUGCCUCGUCCAUCUCGGAGACAUAGCGCGUUAUCGUAACCAGACCAGCCAGGCAGAGUCUUACUACCGACAUGCAGCUCAGCUGGUUCCAUCAAACGGUCAGCCUUAUAACCAGCUGGCCAUCUUGGCCUCCUCUAAAGGAGACCACCUCACCACCAUCUUCUACUACUGUCGCAGCAUCGCAGUCAAGUUCCCCUUCCCAGCAGCCUCCACCAACCUGCAGAAGGCUCUGUCCAAGGCUCUGGAGAGUCGUGAUGAGGUGAAAACCAAGUGGAGCGUGUCUGAUUUCAUCAAGGCCUUCAUCAAGUUUCAUGGUCACGUUUACCUGAGUAAGAGUCUGGACAAGCUGGACGCUCUGAGGGAGAAACUGGAGGAGCAGUUUCAGAGGCUGAUCCUGCAGAAAGCCUUCAGCUCUCAGCAGCUGGUCCACAUCACUGUCAUCAACCUGUUCGAGCUCCACCACCUGCGAGACCUGACAGCCGACGGCAGCGAGCAGAGCUACAGCAGCGAGCAGCAGAUCAGCUGGUUCCAGCUGCUCGGCCUCUUCAUGUCCUUCCUCGGCGUGAUGUGCAGCCGUGUCCUCCUCAACAAGAACCGGGGCGAGGAGAUCAUGGGGGAGUGUCCUCUGCCGGCCAUCAAGGUGUCUCUGGACUGGCUCAAACUGAGGCCCAGCGUCUUCCACGAGGCCGCCGUCGACAAGAGGCAGUAUAUCUGGCCCUGGCUGGUGUCCAUUCUCAACAGUUUCCAGCCCAAGGAGGAUGACGUGUCCUGUUCCUCAGUGAUGCCCCUGCCGGAGGAGUUUGAGCUCCAGGGUUUCUUGGCUCUCCGGCCUGCUCUGAGGUGUCUGGACUUCACCAAAGGACAUCAGGGCAUCCUGGUGGACAGGGACGGCCUGCCGGUGCACACCAGACACCAGAGACUCAUCAGUCUGGGGAAAUGGGUGGCUGACAACCAGCCGGGGCUGAUCCAGUGCAGAGUGAGUGAGGACGGCCUCCUUGUCUUCAUCACUGACAUUCCAGAGCAGGCCAUCGAGGAGCCGCAGGAGAAGGAGGCGCCGGUGCUGCAGGAGUCGUCCAACGGUGAGCAGAUGCCCAACGACGGUGGAAACUCGGGCCUGAAAUCGGUGCUGUCUGCGGGGAAGACGCAGAGCUCGUGGCCCGACAGCUGCGACCGGCCCGUCGUCACCUUCAAGGAGAACAUCAAACCCAGAGAGCAGAGCCGCGAACCGACACGAAACCAUCACCAGAAAGACGGCAGCAAGGAGCGCCGAGAUUUCUCCAAAGGCAACGGGGCUGUUGGGAAAGGAGAGCUGAAGAGGGACGGGAAGAGGAAGAGCGAGCUGAAGAAAACCGGCCACGAGAAGGUUGCAGACGCUGGAAAACAGGUGAAGGCGCAGACAGAGCUGAGGAAGACUCCGGUGUCUGAGGCGAAGAAGACUCCCGUCACUCAAACUCAAACUACCUGCUCGUCCCAGUUCAUCCCCAUCCACCACCCUGGAGCCUUCCCACCACUGCCCAGCAGGCCCGGUUUCCCUCCAUCAGCCUAUGUGAUCCCUCCCCCAGUGGCGUUUCCGGGAAUCCAGGUGAAUCCCGGCUUCACCUUCUCCACCGGAGUGUCCGUCCCUGGACCCUUCCUCCAGCCGGCCGUCCACACCCAGGCAGGCACCCAGGUUCAGGCCGGGAAGCAGUCCCACAUUCCCUACAGCCAGCAGAGGCCGUCGGGGCCGGGGCCGGGUCAGGGACCCGGGUCCUCGGGCCAGGGACCCUCCCAGGCUCAGCAGCCUCAGGCUCAGCCGCCGUCCCAGCAGGCCUUGCAGCAGUCGGUGCAGCUGCAGGUUCAAGCGAUGAGUCAGCAGCAGCAGUCGCCGACCAAACCGGUGCAGCAGGUCGGGAUGGGGAAGAGUCCACCUCACCACCCGGGACUGCAGCAGUACAUGCAGGUCCAGGACCAGCCGGCUCAGAUGUGGAACCAGGCCCAGGCAGCCCUGCAGAAGAUUCCUACCAUGCAGAUGUCCAUGAAGCAGCCUCAGCAGCAGCAGCAGCAGCAGCAGCAGGCCUUCUACAUGGCGGCUCAGGAUCCUCUGAAGCUGUACGAGCACCAGCUGCAGCCGCCAGCUCAGCCUCAGCUCUCCAACAUGGACAAGAAGCUCAAGUACCCUGACGUGAAGAUGCAGGACUUCUACUGGGAGCCGUCGUACAGGAUGGGCGACGGCCUGGCUGUGAUGGCUGACAGGAUGAAGAGGCCUCCGCCGGGCGGGAUGUGUUCAGAGCAGGACGGGCCCAGAGGACCCCCGUUUGAGGACAACAAGAGCUCGCCUCUUCUACCUCCUGACCUGUUAAAAACUCUAGCAGAUUUUGAGGAGGAGGAGGAGCUGGUCUUUACUAAGCCUCCUGAUUUCUUCCAGGCCUUGGCUGGCCCUCUUAGCACUGCUCCUGGACCAAAUAUAUUUCUGCCGAACCAGACCAGAAUGGAGAGCGGCCCUGAGGUCGUCGGCCAGUCGUCUUCUCUGCUGCCCAUAUCUGGCUUCCCCAUGCAGGAGUACAACCAGAACAGCAUCUUCAGUCAGGCCUACGGUAAAAACCUGCCGCCCAGCUCCAAGCCCGACGCUCCCAUGAUGCACCAGGAGCCGUCGCUCUACUCGCUGUUCGAAGGGACUCCGUGGUCGCCGUCCCUCCCUGCCAGCUCAGACCACUCCACCCCGGCCAGCCAAUCCCCUCACUCCUCCAACCCCAGCAGCCUGCCAUCCUCCCCACCAACGCACAACCACGGCGCCAUGCCCUUCUCGAACUUCGGGCCCAUCGGUACUCCGGACAGCCGGGACCGCCGGGUGGUGGACCGCUGGAAGGCCGACAAGACCGGAGCAGUAAGUGGCUUCGGUCUGGACUACCUGCCGGCCGCAGCCUCCUCUGCAGCUUCAGACACCAGCUGGCACCAGGCCGGAUCCACCGGCAGUUCCUGGACCAAUCAGGACUCUCCGAUGGAGGAGUCGUCCUCUACUGUGCUGCUCGACAGCCUCAAGUCCAUCUGGUCGAGCUCCAUGAUGCAGCCGGGCCCGUCGGCACUGGAGCAGCUCCUCCUGCAGCAGAAGCAGAAGCAGCAGCGAGGUCACGGCGCCAUGAACCCGCCUCACUGAACGUGCAGCCCGAGGCGGCGCUUUGUGUCCGGACGUCAACAAACCACCACCAGGAGAAAACGGAGGGGAAAAAAAACAGAAGUUUGACCGAAGACGAGCUCCAACUAAAAUGGGAUAUUAAACCGGCGAGAAACGGUGGAGGCUGGGGAGGCGACACGACCCCCCGACGAGGCUGAAUCACCACCCCCACCCCCCUCGGCUGUCGAGGAGCGGUGACGCACCUCCUGGAUCGGAGGGCGCGGCGGGAUCUCUUCAACCGCGGCGCCACGCGCCACGCUGCCGCCGGGUUUCCUUCAACCCGCGGACAUCUGAACAUUGAGGAACACACCCCCCACUCACCACCACUGAACCCCCCCUGGUUUUGGACAGAUGCCACAUCUGCACAACUCCUCUCUCAUCUGGAAGAACUUUCUUUGGAACAUAGAAAAAGAAAAGAAAUUUAGAAAAAAAAAUAAACCAACAACCUCCUGGACGUCUGCUGGGUUCUGACGGAGCGCCGGUUUUUAGCGUCUCCGCUGCCGCAGACUGAAGCGGGGCUGAGAGCGAGGACGGUGUGGCGGUCGUGUUCAGGGGGGAGGUCAGGUGAAGCACCGGGGGGCAAAAUAACAGACUGGACUUUCUGAUCUCUCCAUUCAUUUUCAUUACUGUGGAGGAAGAGGAGGAGGAAGGCUCUCUGUAGCUGAGUGGUUGAAAGAAGUGAAGGAGGAAGGUUUGGGUUACAGCUAUAUAAAUAUAUACAUACAUAUAUAUUGCCAUAGUUGGACUUUAACGGGCCUUGUCUCUUAGCCGAGUUGUGAGAACCAGGAGUGGACGCUGCUUUGUGAUGCCGGGCUGAACGCUCGCUCGUUGUCCGACCUUUUAUUUGGAAGGAAGAGCCUCGAGGCCCCGACGAUGGCAUGGCUUCAUGAUGCCGGGGAACGUCACGGGAAAGAAGUGCAAAAAGGAGGAGGGGGCUAAGAACAAAAAAAAAAUACCCUGUCGAUCUUAGGGAUAGUAUUACUGUUAGCUUCAAGAGAUUGCAGAUAUUAAAAAAAAGAAACUGUAUUUUGUGAUUUGUUCGUAGCAGUUUUAGCUUCACGCCCUCUGAGGUGAAUACAGGUAUGUCUAUUAGCUUCCUGCUUGAAUAUUUUCGGGGUUCUCUUCCUCUCUUCUUCCUGUUAUUUCUUUAAUUAAUGAAGAAAAAAACUAAACACGUGCCCCUGCUUGCUUACUUAACCUGCAUAGACUGUUUCUUUUUGUCCAUGUUCUGCCUUUUUACUAGUUUUAAGCAGCUCCUCUGUGCCUGCUCCCUGUCCUGUUCCGCUGACUGCUGUAAAGGUGGGCAUGAGGCCAGACAGGUAGACAGACAGGUAGACAGACAGGUAGACAGACAGGUAGACAGACAGGUAGACAGACAGGUAGACAGACAGACAGCUAGGCUUGUACAGGUAGUUGGCUCAGCCUGAAUGUUUUCCAUUUCCUAUUCUUCAGUAAGCACUACUGCAGCUCGACCGUGUACAGCAGAUUUUUGUAUGAAUGGUAGCCCUGCAGCUUUGACUUUAUUUAUCCUCCAGCUGAAGCCCCUUUUUCAGCCUAAAAGUCAAAACGACGACGAGCUCAGAACCCCUUUUUGUGCAUUUUUCCUCACCUCGAAAAACCAACUCCAAGUAUUUGUACGUCUUUGAUUUUAAAACCUUAAAACUUACCUGUUAGAGGAUCCCAGAACAAAAUGACAGAUUGUUUCCACGUCAAUUAGCCCUCUGAACUCCGAGCAGUUUCUGGAUGUUUUCUUGCUCCCGUCACGUUUUUCACUGCAAUCUAAAGUCCUGCUUCUCUGUGGAAACAGAACAAUGAUGACUAGAAGCAGACCUCAGAAUUGUCGUCUGUGUCUGUAUGAAACCGUUACAAUGCUAUUAAUCACACAACAAGAAAAAAGUAGAAUUUCUUUAGUUUACAAAAACUGUCAAAACAUGGAAUCAACACGUCCAACACGUCCUUGGAGUUUCCAAGUGCCCGCAGUUGCUCCUGGGAAAAUAAUGAUUCUUCUAACCGUAUAUAUUGUACUUUUUAAUUUGUUUCCACACUUACCUCACCAAUCUGUUCAAACACUGCCUGCAGUUCAUCUGAAAACGCCUCUUUUUUUCACAUCACACUGAGUAACUAAUGACUUGGCUGUUGCUCUGCAGAGGACAGAACCAAGUGCAGACACUUUUUUGGUGAAUUAUUAAAUGAGAUGUAAUGUGAAGGGAUUUUGAAAUGAUUUUAAGAUUCGAUUUGGUUCAGGUUUCCGACCUGAAUGACACGUUACUUAUGAUAAUUCGAGGCCCGUUGGAAGGCUGAAAAUCAAUGAUUCUGGUAGCGAUGGUGGCAGUUUGGCUUUUUUUAUUUGUUUUUUUUUUGCUUUUUAAACCCCAGCGACUGGGUUUUUGGAUUCAGAGGGUUAAUUUACUUUAAAAAUGUCAAUUUUUUUUUUCCAGUUUUCAUUUCGUUAAUUUUUCAUUUUCAAUCUGAAAAUUUGAUAUUAAUCAAUUAUCAAGCUUCAACUUAGUUUCCUGUCUAUAGAGAAAUCAGUUGAUCAGCUAAUGGGUCCAGCUCUGUGUUGUUUUUUGUAACUUAAGACAGUACAGCCCUUCAACUAACUAUCCUUGUGGUUAUUGAUUAAUCUGCAGAUUGAUUUAUUUAAACUAUGUUUGCUUAUUUUGGCUGACCAAUUCUUUAAAAUCCAAAGAUGGUCGGUUUACUGUCAUAAAUCAAAGAAAAGAAGGAAAUAGUUCCAAAGGAGAAGCAGGAAUUGAGGAAAUGUCGACUUUUUUACAGAGAGCUCGUCUGAUUUUUUUUUUUUUUUAAUUUUAUUUAAUUUUUUUCUGUUUUAGUAUUUAAUUGCAACAUUUGACCCUGAUGGUUCAUCAUGAAGUCAUAUUUUAGGUCAAAGAGGAGGAGGUUGCUGUAAUGGAAGCGGGCUGUAAGAGCGGCGUUGAGUUGGGAUUUGGGGCUUUUAUUUCUGCGGUUUUCGCCCAGCAGAGCAUUUACACGCCGUCAGUCACUUUAGAGCCAAUCAGAGAAGCAGCUGACCAAUCAGGACCCUCUGAGGCUCUGACCCCCCUUUAGGUUUCAGACUGCAGCACUGUAAGUAACUUACUGUCCAGUUUAAACCAGCAGAAAGCUGUUUUCUAUCUUAAAAAGUAACGGAUGCGCUCAUCGUUCAUUUCUGUAGGAGGAAAAAAUAUAAGCCUGUUUUUUUAUGUUCCCGGCGGGCGUUUUAUUAAAAGCAGACUUCAGAGAGACGUGUCUAUUUUCCAUGUGAUUGUGCUUUUCAUGUUGCAUUUACAAAAUGUAUUUGAAAAAUAAUAAAGGCAAAAUAUUCUUGAAUGUGAGGACGAAUUUGGCCAGAAGCAUCGAGCAGCGACAUCCUGUUCAUGUUCGAAGUUCACCACGUGGAUCUGAGCCGGACUGGUUCUGCUGGUUUUUGUUGCGGAGUAAGAACUAAACGGACUCUGAUCUGUCGACGACCUUCCACUCGGAGAUGUUUCAGGGCGGCUGGAGCUCUGACGGCAGAUUUGUGGUCGCGUCGGUUCAGAUCUGAGCUUUGACUUUGAGGCUUUUUGUGUUUCUGUCUCUCUGUAGACUUUGAGAACUGGUGGAAUCAGCCUUUAAAUAAACUAUGUUCUCCCUUGA